AUGGCUACGAAUGCGCCGAAAGUCAAUCCGCCUUCGACAAGUGCGCUCUCAACGCAGACUGAAGCCGGUGGCCCUGACGAAAAGGAGCUAGAGGGACACGUCGAGCUCGUGAUCGACAACCCGUUGCUUUUGAAAGCAACGGUGUGCUCGGAUCCCAUAACUAUUCACAACGUCACGUGGCAUUUACUGUCCGUACCCAAGCCCGUAACUACCGACGGAAAAACGGAACCCUGGCUAGGCGUAUAUGUACGCUGCACCCCGGAAGCGGUUUAUGACGACGAUUGGGCGUGCACAGCCAGUGUUGCUAUCACCAUCUGUAACAAGAAGCGGCCCCUCAUCCGCCGUAACACACACGCCUACACACGCACCGAACGCGAAUGGGGCUAUAGCACCUACCUCAAGCUCGCAAUCCUACGCGACGAGCAAGAAGACUUCAUCAUUGACGGCAAGCUAAAAAUCACCGCCGAUAUUCGCGCCAGGCCCGUGCGUAGCGAGAAAACACGAGAAAUGUUCGUGGCGGAACUGGAAAAGUGGUUUCAAAUUGCUCAAACGCACAUCGCCAAUGAGCGGUAUGAUUUGGCAAGCCAGGCAAACGAUCAAGGAAUCGCUUGGAAUAAGGGCCGCGACCCAGAAAUGCAGGGUCGUCUAGAGUUGCAGCAGAAGCAGAUCAUACAAUUAAGCCUCGAACAGGGCAUCGAGCGCAUCCAGCAGACUAGCGUUACAGGCGGGAAGUCGGACCGUGCAGCCGUUCGGGCGGCAAUUGGCACGCCCCGCUGCCUGGAGCCCUGCUGUCACAAAAAGGCCACUGCUAAUGCCCAAUUGAAGAGAAAUGCUCUGCGACAUAAGAAGCCGGGGCAGACCGAAAAACCGCCUAGCGCCACAACACGCCAGGAAACUCUACCGGCGACUCCAACAGGGCCGCCACCGAUUCCCAAAUUGGCGAUCAAGAUCACCGGUGAUACGACUGCUACUAUUUCGGCAACGCAAUUGGGGGCUCUGCGAGAAAGGGAUGAGCCAGCCACGCACUCAAAAGCGCAAAAACACGAAGAAAAAACGCCCCAGACGCCCGGAUGCGACUGUUGCCAGAGCCUCGAUGGUGCCGAAAGCCUUGGCGACGACCGGGAGGAGGCAUUGAUUACGAUGUCCGAAUGCUCCUACGAGGAUGAGGAGACCCUCGAAGCCCCUGAUGUCCUUCAAGAAAUCCAGUGUCAACUAGUGGACUUGCUUUCGCAAAUCGAAGAGUUCUACCUUGAGUCGCCGAUGCGACAGACCUUUGGCUACUUGUACAGCAGUGAUGCGUUUCAACGCGGGCUAUCCGAGAGACAAAAACUGAAGCCGGCCAUUGAGACCCGCUCUGACCAGGCAGCUAAUGAAGCUGGGCGGCCGUCACCGGCGGAAACGUCUCUAAGGGGCUGUAUGGAGGUCGAAGAAGGAAUCGCUGAUGCUUUAGUGGUCACCAACUUGCUCAUCAGUGAGGUCAUCAGCCUUAACACCGCAGCCUAUGAUAACCCGGCUUGCACCUACAACGAUGUCGAGGAGGCCUUGGAGGCGUAUCUGGCGGCAAAGAAACGAUUGGAAGAAGAAAAGUCCAAACUGGACAAGCUGCGCUUUCGUUUCAAUGAAGUAAUCGAAAAUAUUCGCGAGAAGAACCGUCAUGGGUGCAGACUAGCGAAACUCAUUGCCGAUGAGGAGGCCGAAAUCCAUCGUUAUCUCGAUCUACUCUUUGACAGCACUCAGAAAGUCAAAAGCCUUAUGAAGGACCUCGAGCAAGCGAGGAAGAAACACAGCGAAGAGCUAAAAACGAUCAAGGCCGAGCACAACUUCCGCACUUCCAAACUGGACGAAGCUAAAGCUGCCAUCGAAGAAUUAGAGAAACAAAGCGCCAGUCUCGCGGUCGAUUCGCACAAGAAACUGACGGCUCUUGCGAAGAAACAUCAAAACGCCCAGCAGAAAACGCGUGAGAUGCAACAAAAGUGCGCCCGGAACAAUGACGCAUUGGCGGAGACGUUAGCGGCACUAAAGCAAGUCGGUCCACGGGUUCAACGUGCGCAGUUAUCGUCCCUGAAAGUUCAGCUUGAAUCCAUGGUUUCACUCCAGGAAAAUCGCUGUGCGGCGGCCACGGAGGAGCUUGUCCGUCUUCUGGAAUACGAGCGCACGGUGCGCGACAGCGAUUUCCGUGGACUCGAUUGGAAGCCUUAUUUGGACAAAUCGGUGAGUGAUUGGCGAGCCUAUGUGGAGCGGCUCGAACAGGCGCUGGCCAAGCUCAAGCAUGAAGGAGAGCAGUUACUUGUCAAGGCUGAGACAAGCACCGUAUCCCUGGACAUGUGCGCAUCACUUGAGCCGCAAGAUCUUCCCCGCCGCCCGGCCACUUUCCGCCCACCACUUCAUUUAGUGAACGACAAUUCUAUCGAUACAACCCGCAAAUCGAUCCAAGCUCAGAAGCUGACCGCCGGACUUCAACAAGCCUACACUCCCUCACCAGAUUCCUCCCCGCUGCCAGGCGAAUGGAUGCAGCCCCCUGGGCCCGGCUAUCCGCGUGUGCCACUGACGAGCCAAUGGACGCAGCCGCUUGGGCCCGGAUAUCCGCGCGUGCUAUCACCACUACCUACGCCAACCCCUGAGGUGCAGCAGGACGAGAACAGAAACAUCGUACCAAGCGCCGCCUUUGGCCCAAUCGGUCCUCCACCCAAGAAGCCACAA